CGGAGAGCCAAGCGGGCUGGGGGUGGGAGGGAGGCGGUGGGGGCGGCUGUAGCGGCGCCCGAUCCUUCGCUUCGCCAACAGGCGCCCGCCGGGUUUGCAGGAGCCUCUUUCGGGUCGGGCCCCGCGGCUGCUGCGGCUGCUGCCGCUGCUUCCCCGCUUGAUCCCCACCCCGCUCCGAGUUCCCGGGCACGGAUGCACGGAGGAAGCCCGAGCUAAAGAAACGGAGGCGGAGGGCUCCCUUUUCCCCCCCGCCCCAACCUCCCUCGGGCAAGCUGCUGGCGGACGCGGAAGAGGACUUUGCGAUCUCAGGGUUGGGGGGGAUCCCGCAGCUCCUUCUUCCCCCCCCGCCCCCGCAACCAAAGUUUUGGGGUGGUGGUGGAGAAAAAGAAAAAGCGAGGCCCGGGGAGGCUUUAGUGUGCGGGAUCCUGGCACGCAACGAUCGAUCUGGCUUCCCUCCGAAGUUUCUGCCUCAGUCCCGGGAAGACGGGUCGGAAUCGAAAGCGGGCAUCGGCUUUUUUUUUUCUUCUUUCCUUUCCUUUCCUUUUUUUUUUUUUUGCUAACUCAGCUUUCCUUCCCCCUCGCGAAGCGCCCAGCUGCAGCUCUCAAGUCACCCGCGGAGCCCUGCGAGGUAGGCUGGGCUGGGGAAGGCACGUGCCGCCGGCCCUCCUCCGAGGAAGCCCGGCCGAGGCUGAGCUUAGGCGGUGCAGGCCAUAAAUGUGAGGAUUGGUUGCAAAGUUACUUUUCCGUCUGAAUCUCUGAAGGAGGGCUGUUUGGAUCCUCCUUCUCCUUUGCAGGAAGGACCCACCUGGUCAACCCAGCGAAGGGCCGACCAUGCCUCCUUCCAAAGAUGUGGUCAAAAUCGCCGUGCAGAUGAUGGGUGCGAUUCCUCAGCUCAUAGAACUGAAUCAGGCGAAGCCCUUGUCAGCAGUUGUGAAAGAAGUCUGUGAAGUGUGGAACCUGAAUAAUUCCGAGCGCUAUGCUCUGCAGUACGUGGAUGGCCAGCAAGCCUACAUCACAGAACUGAACCGUGGCGAAAUUAAGAAUGGGAGUAUCCUGCAGUUGACAACUGCUCCGGAUCAAGAGGCAGCAAAACUGCAUGGGGGUAUUCAAAGCAACAGUGUGGACGUGAAGACCAAUUCUUUGAAGAAGUUGGCCAGCCUGUCCCGGGAUGUGGCCUUUGCUCAGGAGUUUAUUAGCAGAAAUGGCCUGAAUCAGCUUUUCUUGAUUGUGGAAGAAGAUAAUAAUACAGGGGAGAUUCUGGCGUAUACCCUGAAGGCCUUUGUGGAGCUGAUGGAACAUGAUUUUGUUUCCUGGGAGACCCUCAGCCCUACUUUCAUCAAAAAGUUUAAACUGGAGCGAAGAAAGAAGAAACAACAAAAGAUGGAGCCAGGAAGAAAACACCCAGAUGCCACACGGAAGAUUGUGAGUUACAUCAAUAUCAGUCCCCUGGAUGCUUCCAUCCAGCAGAUUUCCCUGGCUAUCUUGGAGAACAUGGUGCCCACCAGUCGGGCUCUUUUUGAGCUGGUCAAGCAACAGGUGACCCUGGAUCGCCUCAUUGCCCUCCUGCAAGUAAUGAACACGCAGCUGCAACUCAAAUCUAUGGCGCUCCUGAUUGCUCUCCUCCUCAAUGCUGGCGAGGCAGAAAGAAGGGAGAUGAUGGACUAUCUAGGGGAGAAGAACCUCAGGCAAUUUAUCCACAAGAACAUUGUCCAUGCUUCGGACCCAAUUGCGGAUGAGAUGGCUCACUACCUCUACGUCCUGCAGUCCCUCACACUCAACCUUCUGGAGCGGCGGAUGAGGGCCCCCAUGGAUCCCUAUUCCCAGGAACAACGGGACCUGCUCCAGUCUUUGCGGCAUGCUGCCUUUGUAUCUGAGAACGAGUCUUCCGCUGGCAGCUAUAACACAGAGCGUCGACACUCGCUUUGUGCGAAAGAAUUUCGCAAGCUGGGCUUUGUGAAUAACAGUAACCCUGCGUUGGAUCUACACCGGACUCCUCCGGGGUUGCUUGCUCUGGACAGCAUGGUCUAUUUCUCCAGGCAUUUCCCAAAUGCAUACAGCAGGUUUAUUCUUGAGAACAGCAGUCGAGAAGAUAAACACGAAUGCCCGUUUGCUCGGAGCAGCAUCCAACUUUCCUUUAUGCUGUGUGAGAUUCUUCACGUAGGGGAGACAUGCUCAGAGACGGCCCAGGCCUUCUACCCCAUGUUCUUUGGCCAAGAACACUUCUUUGAGGAGGUUUUCUGUAUUUGCAUCCAGCUGUUGAACAAAACCUGGAAGGAGAUGAGAGCUACUCAAGAAGAUUUUGACAAGGUGAUGCAAGUGGUUCGGGAGCAGAUCACCCGAACCCUGGUCCUGAAGCCCACUUCGCUGGAGCUCUUCAAGAGCCGAGUGAACACCCUCAACUACAGUGAGAUCCUGCGUCUCCGGCAGACCGAACGCAUGCAUCAAGAGGAAAUUCUGCCAGUCCCUGUCCUGGAAUUGAAGGAGCGGCUGAAACCCGAACUCAUCAAGUUGAUCCAGCAGCAGAGACUCCUGCAUCUUUGUGAAGGGACGCUUUUUCGCAAAAUUAGCAGCCGCCGUCGACAAGAUAAGCUCUGGUACUGCCGCCUUUCUCCCAACCAUAAAUUUCUCCAUUAUGGAGAUGUCGAAGAAGGGGUCGAAAACCCACCGAUAGAGAGCCUGCAAGAGAAAGUUUCUGUGGCUGACAUGAAAGCGUUGCUGGUGGGCCGGGAAUGCCCCCACACCAAGGAAAAGAGUUCGGGGAAGCAGAAUAAGGAUCUUCUCGACCUUGCAUUUUCCAUAAGUUACGACGUUGGAGAGCAUCUGAAUUUUAUUGCCUCUACACGUUAUGAGUUCUGCCUGUGGACUGAUGGACUGAACGUGCUUCUCGGCCGGGAGAUGGUCAGCGAAAGGAUGCAGAGCGAACUGGAUAUCUUGCUGUCUAUGGAGCUCAAAUUGCGAUUGCUGGAUCUGGAGAACAUUGCCAUUCCAGAUGCCCCACCGGACAUCCCAAAGCCUCCCAGCAACUUAAAUUUCUGCUAUGACUUUACCCAUAUCGAACAGUAAGAGCUGUCCUUCGCACAGCAGUGCCCACCUCACCCACCUCAAGCAGGAUCCCCACACGGCUCUACAAAUUCACGGGCUUUUGGAUCACCCGGAAAGCCGGAUUGGGAAACGUGGGCAUGGAAUUCCCUGCUUUCAAUCCACGUUCCAAUUACUUCCUCUAUGGUCAUCUUUCACCCAAGUAGCAUUUUACUUGACAUCAAAACCGGGGCAAACCACAGGUAAACCAAUCCUGUUCAAACCGCACCUUGUCUGGUGACCACAGAUUGCCUAAUUCAGACAUCGCAGCAAACGAAGCGAGGCCAAGAGGAAGGAAUGGGGUAGCUUGUGGUUUGUUCACAGCCUUCCCAGAUGAGCCUUGGUGGACUGUGUGUGUGUGUGUGUUGUUUUUUUUUAAAUCCUAGAAAAUCAGUUCUUUUUCAUUAACGCUUCCGUAUGCACAACUUACGUGGCUUCCUUCCAACCGAGGUGACGUCAAAAUCUGGAAUGGGAAUAACUUUGCCCAGGAGAGAGACAGGCUGGCAAAGAGGCCUUAAGAAUAGAAAGUGAAUGCUGUGAAAAGGGGAACAGAGAACUCAACAGCCACCCGCUCACUCGCCACGAUAUUUGCCUCUAUUGAGCUAGCAUCUGUAACUGGCGUUCGAAAGUUACCUGUAAGGAAACACACGCACAUGUACACCAAAAACAAAACAAAACCCACAAGGGAAUUUGCCUGCCAAUUGGCUUGUGCUCUGCACAAUUGGCUUGCACAAUUGGCUUGUGCUCUGGAGAGACCUCACUCUGCAAUCUUUAGCAUUAUCCUACUGUAAAGGAUAGGGGACGCGAUGGCUCAGUGGCUAAGCUUGUCGAUCGAAAGGUCGGCAGUUCAGCGGUUCGAAUCCCUAGUGCCGCGUAAUGGGGUGAGCUCCUGUUACUUAUCCCAGCUUCUGCCAACCUAGCAGUUCGAAAGCACGUAAAAAAAUGCAAGUAGAAAAGUAGGGACCGCCUUUGGUGGGAAGCUAACAGCGUUUCGUGCGUCUUUGGCGUUUAGUCAUGCCGGCCACAUGACCACGGAGACGUCUUCGGACAGCGCUGGCUCUUUGGCUUUGAAACGCAGAUGAGCACCGCCCCUUAGAGUCGGGAAUGACUAGCACAUACGUGCGAGGGGAACCUUUACUGUAAAGGGCAGCCACAUAAGACUACCAUUUGCCCAACGACACUUCAGAUACUAUUCAUGCCACAACCUGCCUCAAUCAUGCGAUCGCCUUAGCUUUUUGCACAUUGUAUAAGCUAACAAUCCCAGUUGCUGCCUGUGUGGAAACUGGGAGAAAGGGCUGGUGGCUGUUAAAAGAGUGUCAAAAGAGGCAGAAAGUCCUAUUUCUCAUUAGGCUGAGCCUUGAUCUCAAUUCCAGCGAGAACAAGACGGCCAUUCGCCGUUCGGUUGCUUCAGCUGCCUAAAACAAUAAAACUUCUAAGGAAGGGCCUGUCGUGGAAGAAGAAUGAGCUUUAAGUUGGUUUCAGGUUCACAAAUGGGUUUCUGCAUUCUUUCUGCUAGCUGGAUUCUCCCCCCACCCCCCAACAAAGGUUGGUUUGGAGUUACGCUUCCCCGGGAAUUACACAAGGGAGUUGUGAGUUUGGAGUUGUGGCGGGAUGGUGGCGGAUUGACUCUUGUCUUCCUUAAGAAGAACUGGUG